AUGGGUGGGGAAGUUCCCUUUCGCCCCGCUCCUCCAGCUUUACCCCAGUUAGCUGAACGCCCGGUCGGCCAACGUAUCAAGAAGAUCUACACCGAUCGCCUGAACCAGUUCACAUCGAACGGCCAGUAUGAAGGUCAGAACCUCGUCUCAAAGUAUCACGAAGCUACAAACUCGGACGAAGACCAUGUCAAGCUCUCUGUUUACUCGGUUCCGGACCUACAGCGACCGACCUUCAAAGAGGCGACCUCUCAGGAAUUCAAGCCAACUCAUAUAGGCGCCUCUUUUGGCCCCAGUUGGUCCACACAUUGGUUCCGGAUUCACCUCACAGUGCCCGAGGACAUGCUUCAACGAGAACAUCUAGAGUUCCACUGGGAUGCCAACAACGAAGGUCUGAUCUGGACAGAGGACGGUCACCCACUGCAGGGCUUGACUGGAGGUGGUGAACGGACCGAGUUUGUUCUCCCCAAAGGCUGGUGUGAUGGGAAGGAGCAUACCUUCUAUAUUGAAAUGGCUUGCAAUGGCAUGUUUGGUAAUGCUCCUGGUGGCGAUUCAAUCCAGCCACCAAAUCCCGAUAAACACUUCACGCUCAGCACGGCGCGAAUCACCGCGGUAAAUCUAGCUGCCAGAGCACUUUUCUAUGAUUUUUGGAUCAUUGGAGAUGCCGCUCGGGAAUUCCCAAGUGAGUCGUGGGAGUCGCAUGAAGCCAAUGUCGUGGCAAAUUCUAUUAUCGAUACCUUCAUUGCCGGUAAUGGAAGCAACGAGGCUAUUAACGAGGCCCGGAAGAUUGCUAGAAAAUAUCUCGGCGACAAAGUGGAUUCGUCCGAUGUUUACGACACAAACACGCAGCCAAUAGUUUAUGCCAUUGGCCAUUGUCACAUUGAUACCUGCUGGCUGUGGCCUUGGGCCGAGACUAAGCGAAAGGUAGCACGGUCGUGGUCCAACCAAUGUGAUCUGAUGGAACGAUAUCCAGAGCACCGGUUUGCUUGCUCUCAGGCUCAGCAGUUCAAAUGGCUUAAGCAGUACUAUCCAUCCGUCUUUGAUCGCGUGAAGCGCUGGGUAAAGAAGGGCAACUUCCAGCCUAUCGGCGGGAGCUGGGUCGAACACGAUACGAACAUGCCAAGUGGAGAGUCGCUGGUCAGACAGUUUUUGUAUGGACAGCGAUUCUUCGAGGCAAACUUCGGUAAGAGAAGCACAACUUUCUGGUUGCCAGAUACCUUCGGGUACUCUACCCAGAUUCCUCAGAUAUGCCGCCUGGCUGGAAUGACCCGCUUCUUUACCCAGAAGCUCAGCUGGAACAACAUCAAUAACUUCCCUCACACUACAUUCCAAUGGGUUGCGCUUGAUGGCAGCCAAGUCAUGUGCCACAUGGCCCCUGCCGAGACCUACACGGCUGAAGCACACUUCGGUGAUGUCAAGCGUAGUGUCACUCAGCAUAAGUCGCUAGACAACGACAAGACAUCGCUACUUGUGUUUGGAAAAGGCGAUGGAGGUGGUGGCCCGACCUUUGGGCACCUCGAAAAGCUGCGUCGCUGCCGUGGUCUCAGUGAUCAAGUCGGCUCAUUGCCCCGAGUGCAAAUGGGCGAGUCAGUAGAUGACUUCUUUGCAAAGUUGGAGGCAAAGGCUGCCUCUGGCACUGAUUUUGCUACCUGGUACGGCGAGCUUUACUUUGAGUUGCACCGCGGAACAUACACCACUCAAGCAAAUAACAAGCGCAAUAACCGCAAGUCCGAGUUCCUCCUGCGUGAGAUCGAGCUUCUUGCGACCUUUGCAACCAUCAGUGCUUCCAAUAGUGGAUAUCAAUAUCCCAAGAAGGAGAUUGACGAGAUGUGGGAAGGAACCCUUCUUUGUCAGUUCCACGACUGCUUGCCGGGAAGCUCCAUCGAGAUGUGCUAUGACGACUCAGACAAGUUGUAUGCCGAGAUCUUUGAGACCGGAGCUAAGCUGCGAAAGGAUGCUCUCGAGGCUUUGGGACUCACUGGCGAUUUCACGGGUGGAAAUUUCAUGGCUCUCAACACCUUGCCAUGGCCCCGAUCAGAAGUCGUUGCAAUUCCUCCAGCGGUGUCCGCCGCUUACAAUGGAUCCAGAUAUGCCGUGGCUGAUGGUACAACUGGGGUGAUGCAAGUUCAGCCAGCUGACUUCAAGACAACCACUUCGGUGACCGUGGCCGAGGUCAAAGCUGGUGUCUUCCGUCUGGAGAAUGGUAAGCUCAGGGUUGAUGUUCAGGACGGGGUUAUCACAUCCUUGUACGAUGUGGAAGCCGAUAGAGAGAUCGUCGCGAAGGACCGCAAGGCUGGCCAGCUAGUCAUCUUCGACGACAAGCCUCUUUACUGGCAAGCAUGGGAUGUCGAGGUGUUCCAUCUCGAGUCACGAAAGGAGUUGCCCGGGGGUAAGACGACCAUUGUAGAAAAUGACCCUCACCGGGUGAGUGUCAUGACUGAGACACAGAUCAGCGACAAGAGCUGGGUUAAGACCACAAUCAGCCUGUCGGCAUCCACAUCUAAUGAGCCCUCAUAUGUGGAAAUGGAAAGCGAGGUGGAAUGGCAAGAGACCAUGAAAUUCCUCAAGGUCGAGUUCCCCGUUGAUAUCACCAACACCGAGGCAUCCUACGAGACCCAGUAUGGCAUCGUUAGGCGCCCGACCCAUUAUAACACAAGUUGGGACAUGGCCAAAUUCGAAGUCUGCUGUCACAAGUGGGCCGACCUCUCUGAAAACGGCUAUGGAGUCUCCAUCCUCAACGACUCUAAAUAUGGCUUUGCAACAUGCGGUAACCUGAUGCGCCUUUCGCUGCUCCGUGCCCCGAAGGCACCAGACGCCCACGCUGACAUGGGCCGCCACCACAUUCGUUAUGCAAUUCUUCCUCACGCCGGUGCCCUUGAUGCCCGAACAAUCCGCGCAGGCUUCAAUUUCAAUAACCCACUCGUUGUUGAAAAGGCCGGCCCUAAAGCAUCUGCUUCUAAUGCCCUAUUCAAAUCUCUGUCUAUCAAGGGCGCGCCUUCCUUGAUUCUGGAUGUUGUCAAGCGCGGUGAGGAUGAUGCCGAUGUUUCGUGGGAUGGUACUCCUACCCGUCCCGGGAAGAGUGUUAUCCUGCGUGUCUAUGAAUCACUUGGUGGUAAGGCUCGUGGUACCAUUGAGACAACAUUGCCUGUGAAGAGUGCUUUCAAGUGCAAUAUUCUCGAGGAUGUUGAGAAUGACGGGCUUGACAUUGCCACUGAAGAUAGUCAUUCGGCGAUCAAGAUUGAGUUGAGGGCGUUUGAGGUCGCUACGUACCGACUGCAGCUGUGA